UGCAGCGCUGGGGGAGGAGGGAAGAAGGGGGAGGGGCUCUGGGCUCACCUGGCUCGGGCAGCCUGGCCACCCCGCCUACCCACAGAGUAGAUCUUGGGCGGGGUUUUCGGCCCCUGGUACUGGAAGGUGAGAGAUUCGGAGAGAGGAGUCGACCCGAGGGGAGGGAGCCUGCUGAGCUGCUGGCAGCGCCACUUUGCCUUCCGGCCAGAACCAGCCAUGCUCAGCAUGCAGGCAUCUUUCUUCCCCACGGGUCCCUUCAUCCUCUUUGUCUUCACGGCUUCCACCAUAUUUCACCUUCAGCAGAGGAUGGUGAAGAUUCAACCCACGUGGGAGUUACAGAUGGUGACGCAGGUGACCACAGAGAGCCCCUCGAGCCCCCAGCUGAAGGGCAUGUGGACGAUCAAUGCCAUCGGCCGCCUGGGGAACCAGAUGGGGGAGUAUGCCACCCUGUACGCGCUGGCCAGGAUGAACGGGCGGCCAGCCUUCAUCCCGCCCGAGAUGCACAGCACGCUGGCCCCCAUCUUCAGGAUCACCCUCCCGGUCCUGCACGCCAGCACAGCCCGCAGGAUCCCCUGGCAGAACUACCACCUGAACGACUGGAUGGAGGAGCGGUACCGCCACAUCCCGGGGGAGUACGUGCGCCUCACGGGCUACCCCUGCUCCUGGACCUUCUACCACCACCUGCACGCCGAGAUCCUCCAGGAGUUCACCCUGCACAACCACGUGCGCGAGGAGGCCCAGGAUUUCCUGCGAGGUCUGCGGGUGAACGGGAGCCGGCCGAGCACCUACGUGGGGGUGCACGUGCGCCGGGGGGACUACGUGCACGUGAUGCCCAACGUGUGGAAGGGCGUGGUGGCCGACCGGCGGUACCUGGAGCAGGCCCUGGACUGGUUCCGGGCUCGCUACCGCUCCCCCGUCUUUGUGGUCUCCAGCAACGGCAUGGCCUGGUGUCGGGAAAACAUCGAUGCCUCCCGCGGCGAUGUGGUGUUUGCCGGCAAUGGCAUCGAGGGCUCCCCCGCCAAAGACUUCGCGCUGCUCACGCAGUGUAACCACACUGUCAUGACCAUUGGCACGUUCGGGAUCUGGGCCGCCUACCUCGCUGGUGGAGAGACCAUCUACCUGGCCAAUUACACGCUCCCGGACUCUCCCUUCCUCAAACUCUUUAAGCCCGAGGCAGCCUUCCUGCCCGAGUGGAUUGGGAUCGAGGCAGACCUGUCCCCACUCCUUAAGCACUGAUGUCGGCUGGUCCUCGGCUCCCCAUUCUUCUUUUCUGGCUCCCCCCAAGAUCACUUCCAAGGCACAGGGAGCACAUUGUUCCAUGUUCCAAGUCACUUCCCUCUUGUAUCAUAAUGCUUCCAGCUACAAGCAACAAAGUCCCAACUAACUUGUGUAAAUAACAUGUUCGUGUAUGUCACACGGCAGGGCCCAGAGGCAGCGCAUCUCCAGGGUUAGUUACUUUAGUAACUGAAAAAUGUCGUCAGUGACCCCGGCUCCAUCCAUCUGGUUGGGCUGCCAUAAUGUCUUAAAUCAGCUCCGACACGGUCCUCCUGGCCCCGAGAGGCUGCCGCAUUCCCAGGUGUCCCACACAGAUAACCUCUUCCCAGCGCAGCAAAGAGAGAUCUGCGCUUAAGUACCUUUUGAAGAAUGUGGGAAACCUUCCAAAACCUCCAGCAACUGGCCCCAUGUCUCGUUGGCCAGAACUGCGUCAGAUGACCACAUGACCCCUUUCGCAGCAUGACGAAUGAGACCCUGGGAUUGGAUUAGCCUCAGGUCAAUAAAUCUUUGCCCUCUGCA